UCCCUCGUGGUCCCGUUAUUUUUUCGGUGGAAAAGAGAGAGGCAGGGAGUCAUCUUGUCGUGAUAACAGUUCAGCUUCGAAAGGCUGUGUCUAGCGUAAGCUACCAAGUGGAAUGACCAGCUUAGAUGUGAAGAAUUAGCGCAAAUUUAAGUGGGACAGCUCUCAGGUGUAAUUUGGUAUCUAUAAUGGAUAACUCCACUGACGAUUACAAGAUCCAGUCAUUUGACCUGGACACGCAGAUGUUGCUGAAAACAGCCUUGAAAGAUCCAAGUUCAGUGAACCUGGAGAAAGUAUCCAGUAUCAUCAUGGAUCAGUCUUUAAAGGACCAAGUGUUCAGCAAAGAGGCAGGACGCAUCUGCUACACCAUUGUGCAGGCUGAGGCCAAGCAGAGCAAUGGAAAUGUGUUCCGGAGGAACUUGUUGAACCGGCUCCAACAGGAGUUCAAGGACCGCGAGGAGACAAGGAGGCGUUCGCUGCAGGAGUGGGUCUGCUAUGUCACAUUCAUCUGCAACAUCUUCGACUACCUCAAAGUUAACAACAUGCCUAUGGUGGCCCUGGUCCAUCCUGUGUUUGACUGUCUGAUAAGGCUGGCCCAACCAGAUGCUUUAAUGAAUGAAGAGGAGGUGGACUGCCUGGUGCUGCAGCUGCAUCGCAUCGGAGAGCAGCUGGAGAAGGUGAACAACCAGCGGAUGGAUGAGCUGUUCUUCCUGUUGCGGGAUGGAUUCCUGCUCCAGGAGGGCCUCACCUCCAUGGCCCGUCUGCUGCUGCUGGAGAUCCUGGAGUUCAGGGCUGGCGGCUGGAUGCUCAGCAGCACCGCCCACAAGUACUACUACAGUGAAAUUGCUGACUAGGAUCGUUGAAAGGACAUGGGUGCUGAGCAGCUGUUUCGCAGGUGUGUUAGCCAGCCUUCAAGCACCUUGGAUACCUCUCCUUAGUCACCACUGAUUAUAAAACCAGCAACAUCCUCCGGGAAAUCAGUUAAGGGUUUUGUGCAGAUUGCGUUUCAUAAAUUGUUUUUUAAAAAAAAAAGACUUUCAUUUUGCUGGAGAGUUCUCUGCGUUUGAUAAUAUUACUGAGACAUGGUGCCGUGGAUGUGGAACGUGCAAUAGUUCACCAGGAGUUCAAGUUAAGUUAACGAGGUUUAUCCACAUUCAGGUACACUUAUUUAAAGUUGAUUGCAGCUGAAGAAGCUCAAGAUAUUUUUAUGUUGUUUUUUUUUUUUAUCUUACAGGCAUUCCUGUUUUGAGAAAACCUUUCAAAGUCCAAGUUAUUUUUACCAAAUCCAAAGGACUUGGAACAGACAUUCCAGUCAGAUACAAGCUGAUUUGGUCUUUGCUUUACUUUUUAUUGUUGCGUGACCAAUAUUUGAAUUGAACUUAAAAUCAAUAUUUUACUUAUUAAGUUGAAGAUUUUAGCUUAGAAUUUAAAUUUUACUAAAGAGUGGAGAUGCGGUUCAGAGGAAUUUUUCUGCCUAAUUUGUGUUUUAGGAUUCCUGUGUUACUGCGUCUCUCUACAUUUCGUUAUGAGGCCGUUUUGUCAGAUUAAACAUUGUGUCUUAAUUCAGGGAUCUUCUUUAAUUUUUUAUGUGUUACAGCUCAACUUAUCAAUAAGUAAGAUCAGUUACAGUUCAUAUUUAAGAUGUGUUUCUACAGAAACUUGUUACACAAGUUGUGCCAACAUAACAAAAACAGCAUCAUCCAAUACAGGAGACUUGAUAAAGCCUAUGCUCUUAAUUUGUAGUAGAGGUGCUAGAGGGCAGUGGUGGAGUACUCGGAUUAUUUACUUCAGUUACUAUUACCUAUACUCGUAAAAGUCCUACAUUAGAAAAUUGGAAGAAUUACCAAAAGUAGAAGUGCCACCUUGGAUCAGUGAAGUUGUAUUUUAAUUCAAUAUUAUUUAUUUGUUGUUCAUAUUUUGUAUUAUAAUCUGAAUCUGCAAAGCAGCUUGUAACUAAAGCUGAAGUAAAAAGCACCUUAUACUAAUGUAAAGUAGCAGAAAAUAUAAAUGCUUGUGAAGUAUCUCAAAAUUGUACUUAAAACAGUACUUGAGUAAAUGUGAUAAGUUACUUUCAGCCACUGCUUGUAUUUUCCCUCCCCUCACACAUAAUGCCAGUAAUUGAGUAUUUUACCUUUGAAUGAGACUUCAACCUGCACAGGCGACACUAUGUAGCUGAGCUCAGUUUUAAGUUUGCAUCUGCUGUAACCUUUGUUGACACUCAGUGACGGCUUCAUGGUCUUCAGCCAAAGCUGUGCCUUGGAAUCAGACAGACACAAACGUAGGACAAUAUAACAUCUGUCGUUAUUUUUUUAAAAAGCGGCACCAGUAAUGAUAUGUAAAAAGUUAAUCCCAAUAUAAAAUUUGGCUUGCAGAGACAAAUCAGCUUUGAUCAGUUCAGAGACAGAAUCCUCAUUGUUAGGAAUGAAAAUGUAGCCACUGUGACGAUCUCUAAUUGUGUUUGCAAGUUGAUAAAAAAAAUUAAUUGAAACUGAUUCUAAAGAAUUAGAUAAGGAGUAACAAAUUUUGAAUGCUGUAGACACUAAUAGUCCCUAAAGGACACAAUACUGACUGACUGCAAUAUAUGUUUAUAUAUUUUAUUACACUGUUGCAACAUUUUUACAUCACUCAAUUCCAUUUUUUUAUGGUUGGGUUGUACAUUUAAUGCAGAUUUAUUUGUUCUAAUAAAUCUUGGAUGUUUUCA